CGAAACAAACAAUCGGCUAUGGCGUAUCGUUGACUGAGUAUUAUUACAUUUUUUUUUAUAAAUGUGUUAUUUUUCAGAAACUAACCAUUAAGGAUCUUAAUUAGUUAUUAGUAGUUAUUGAAAGGUCAAGAUAAUUCACUGGACACAGUUCGAGACCAAGUAGAAAAUACUGGAUUUUUGCAGAAAGAAUGUAAAUAGUAAACUCAGAUAUUCUGCCGGUGAAAUCAACAGGGAAAAUGACUACCGAGGCGAACAUCAGCGAUUCCGAUUUGCUUGAACGAAUAAAUUCCGAAGUAGCGUCACUGAUGACGCCAGUCAUCGUUUACCUUGGUGUAUUGAUGUUCUUCGGUGUUCUAGGAAACAUUUUCGUCUGCUAUUACUAUGGACAGCAGACACGGCGCUCAAGCCAUGCCGUGUUUAUCUGCACCAUUGCGUUAUUCGACUUAGUGAGCUGUGCUGUGUCGAUGCCGAUUGAAAUAGUUGACAUGAAGUUUUACUAUACCUUCACUAACGGCCAUCUUUGCAAGUUCCUGCGUUUUGUAAAUCACGUAGCCGCAAUAGGGAGUGCAUUUACAAUUAUUGCGAUAUCUGUUGACCGCUUUAGAAGAAUAUGUCGGCCAUUGAAGAAGCAGCUUAACCUUCUGAAAUGCAAGUUACUCUGUGCACUUUCGUUUUUGCUUGGUUUGAUAUAUUCUUGGCCGGCGUUAGUCUUUUAUAAAUCGGUUGUAGUUGAAUUGAACGCGCAGAAUGGUCGAAUUUUGAAAGGAUAUGAUUGUUCUAUAACAAAUGAAAGUAAUUAUAGAGACUAUAUCUGGGGUUUUAAUUUCGUCUAUCUAAUAACGUUCAUGUUUGGUACUGGAACACUUGUUGUGAUGUAUUCGCUCGUCGGCAGGUCCAUAUAUCAACAUAAAAGAAAACUUAUACAGUCACGACCGUUGUCGCGGCGACCCAAACCCGUGCACGCGGAUCUAGAUUCAACUAAAAUUGACAAAGAAAGCAGCGGAAUUGAUAACGAUGAACAGGGUCGUGCAUCGUGUGCUAGAAAGGCAAAUGCCAUUCAACUGUUCGCAAAAUGUAGCAAAGCAGAGAAAAAGAAGGCAACGGAUAUAAAUGGCGAUCAUCAUAACAAAGACAAACUUAACAACAAAUCAAUCAAGUACACCAUGAUCAUGCUAGUGGUUGCAUCGAUUUUUGUUAUCAGCGUUUUACCAUAUCUUGUUUUAGUAAUAAUUUACACGUUUGAAGACUUAAGAGAUUCUUUAUGGGGAAGUUCUCUAGUUGGAUAUGAGAUCGGGUUGCGCUCUUACUUGCUUAAUUCUGCCUUAAACCCAAUGGUUUACGGAUUCAUGAAUCCAAAGUUGAGAAAGUUUUAUAUCUCUAGAAUAGCUCGAUUAACCAUAUACUUAUUCACUUGCGGGGCUUUGUCAUCCAGUACCGCGAUAACGAAUGCAUAGGCUACUGAGAGAAUUGUCUGUGAAAAAUAUUCACUACUUUGAAGGCCAAUUUGAUAAUGUCUAUGUACGCCCUAUUGAAAGUUUUUAAUGUUUAGACGUAAAUUUUUUUUUCCUUAUAAAAUUACUAGAUAAAACAUUGAACAGUUUAAUUUAAUUUAAGUUGAUGCUUGUAUUUUUAAAAACGAAAGUAAAAACGUAUUAAAAAUGUACUGCGAGACUAUGGUGUCACGUGCAUAUUGUUAGUUGAGGUAUACUUAGCACUUAUACCGCAUGCUUUCCUUGUCGGAACUAGCGUUCACUCAAAUAUGCUAUGUUCAUUGUCCGGCCCUGAACGAUUAGGCUAGCAAAAUUUCGUAAUGACAUAUCAUCCGCUUUCGUGUACAAUGCCGCAUGUAGAUUCGACCAAUCAAAUCGGGCGUUUUCAAAACAGUUACGAUGCAGGCGGUGUUCGCUUCAUAUUAGCCGUUAUACGCUUUGUUAUCCGCUCAAAUGCGCGUUGCUUCACAUUCUUCAUACCAAGAGUAUAAAACGUGAAGAGGAAUUUCAUUAGUCAUUAGUUGGCUUAUUACUAUUUAUGGAAACGGAAAUUCUGCGAGCAAGUUUCCCAACGUUAUAUGAUGUAGUGACAACGGAAUAUAUCUCAAUAGUUCGGACAAAACCUUGCUUAUGAGCUUGCUUUUAUAACAAAAAAUUAAGGUGUAUGCUUUUAAAAAUGAGAGAGGUUCCGGGUUCGAUCCGCAUUCAGGUCAAUUCCUCUCUAGCUUGGUUACAUGGAAAGUUUCCAUAGACAAUUUGAUUGCGGGUUUCUGUUCGAUGUAGAUACGUACGGCAUCAUCUCAGACUUUGCCAUCGAUAAGAAAACAAAGAAAGGUAGUUUAGUUCAUUUACACACAUCACAUUUGCUUACAUAGCGGAAAAGCCUGAACAUAAAUAGUGCAGUAUAUCUUAUUUAAAAAAAAUUAUUAAUAUAAAUAACUGAAAAAAAACAUACACAUGUUAUAAAAAGGAUAUAAACUUAGAUUGUUAAAGGUUAUAUAAACAUAAUCUUUGUUCUCGAUAUAAGUACGAUGUGUUUCGUUGUUUUACAAAUACGAUAUCAUUUCUAUAAAUGUCCUGCCUGUUUGAUAAAUGUUAUUUCAACGACAUGGAUUGCUUUCAGAAAACUGGAAGCAGUAAAUAGAAUAUUCAUGCUCUUUUAUCAGUAUUUGUUGAUCAUGAUAAUAUUUGGUAGUUUGGUCUCGAAUAUAACGGACUCAAGACGCACCAAAUACAUCAUCUGUCCAUGUAUCACAAGUUUACGAGUGUAUACUGAUAGAUGAUUGGAUGUUUUGGGUGUCAGUUACUGCAAAACAGAUGUCAUUGAUAAUUUGGCAACUCGACACAUUUUCAUGCAAGGCUCUUUUUAUCUGGAUGUUCUAUGAUAAUGUUUAUAAUUAUGUAAUAUUUAUAAUAAUGUGAUAUUUAUAAUUUGUAUAUUAAUGUAUUAAAGCAACUGGUAUCAAAUGAUAUUUUUGUAAACAUAUCCGACGUGUCUGUUGACAUUAAAUUUGAUUAAUUAAAAUUCAGUGACUGUUAAUGAUCUCACUUAAAUACCAUGCAUUCACGAAUAAAACAAUACAUGGAAAUUACGUGUUCAAAAUUCAAACACAAACGCCAUGUUCACUAGG